UACAGGUUUCGUCUAUCGUGUUUCCCCGAAAAUAAGACCGGUCUUAUACGGUAGCCUGCUCGCUAGACAUGGGAAACUAAUAACACUGAUGAAACGACAACAUGUCACAGGGAGGGCUGAACAAGGAGAGUGCGUAAAAGAGUCCCAGAAAAACUCGUUUUCCGUGCAGACGGGUCUGCAGAAUCUGCAUUAAUUUGUAGCCUCCCAUCCCCUGGCCCUACGCCCGUGGGCGGCCCCUGCACUCUGCUCUCCUCCCUUGCAGCCAGCAGAGGGCUCCCGGGCUCGCGCGCUCCAUCUCCAGACGCUUAGGUGCUUGGGGAGGUAGGCUCCCACGAGGGGCUGAGCGCACCGCCGCCACGGCCCUGGCACUGUCUCACCGGUGUGCGUCCAGCGCGAGGAACGAGUGCCCGAGCGCCGAGGCCGCCAGGGAUAGUGCACGGGCCACUCUCGCGAGCUAAACACCGAGAGGUUCGAAGAGGGCGGGGCCGUGGAUCAGAGUGGUACCUGCGGUUCCCGCACGGAGGAGCCAUGGCCGAGGAGAGCGCUGAGGUGCCCCGCGAGCUGACAGAAAACAUAAAGGAUGUUAUUGGCAGAAAGAUAAAAAUUACAGUGAAGAAGAAAGUAAAGUUGGAAGUUAAGGGAGACAAAGUUGAGAACAAGGUGCUGGUGCUCACAUCAUGCCGAGCCUUCCUUCUUGCAGCACGAAUCCCCACCAAGCUCGAGUUAACCUUCAGCUACCUGGAGAUUCAUGGUGUCACCUGUAGCAAGCCAGCUCAGAUGGUCGUGGAAACUGAGAAGUAUAGCUUGUCCAUGAGGAUGGCUUCGUCCGAGGAUGUGAGUGAGGUGCUGGCUCACAUCGGCUCCUGCCUGCGGAGGAUAUUUCCUGGCCUUUCUCCAGUGAGAAUCAUGAAGAAAGUGUUCAUGGAGCCAUCUGAGCGGCUGGCCAGUCUUCAGGCUCUGUGGGACAGCCAGACUGUGGCCGAGCAGGGCCCCUGUGGUGGAUUUUCUCAGAUGUAUGCCUGUGUUUGUGAUUGGCUGGGGUUUCCAUACAGGGAAGAAGUACAGUGGGAUGUGGAUACAAUUUAUCUGACACAAGACACCCGGGAAUUGAAUUUACAGGACUUUAAUCAUCUUGACCACAGGGACCUAAUACCUAUCAUUGCUGCUUUGGAAUAUAAUCAGUGGUUCACAAAGUUGUCCUCUAAGGAUCUGAAACUGUCCACUGAUGUCUGUGAACAAAUCUUGAGGGUCGUGAGUAGGUCCAAUCGAUUGGAAGAAUUGGUGUUGGAAAAUGCUGGACUUAGAAUAGAUUUUGCGCAGAAACUGGCCAGUGCUCUAUCACAUAAUCCCAGCUCAGGACUCCACACGAUUAACCUUGCUGGUAACACACUGGAAGACCGAGGUGUGUCCUCUUUAGGUAUUCAAUUUGCCAAACUCCCAAAAGGAUUAAAGCAUUUAAAUUUAUCUAAAACCUCAUUGUCACCUAAAGGAGUGAAUAGCCUUUCUCAGUCACUCAGUGCCAACCCGUUGACUGCCACCACUCUCAUCCAUCUAGACCUCUCAGGGAACAUCCUUCGUGGAGAUGACCUCUCGUACAUGUACAAUUUUUUGGCCCAGCCAAAUGCCAUUGCUCAUCUGGAUUUAUCCAACACAGAAUGUUCCCUGGACAUGGUCUGUGGCGCUCUUCUCCGUGGAUGCCUUCAACAUCUGGCUGUGCUCAAUCUCUCCAGAACUGUCUUUUCUCACCGGAAAGGAAAAGAAGUACCUCCGUCUUUCAAGCAGUUUUUUAGUAGUUCUCUGGCUUUGAUGCACAUCAACCUUUCAGGCACAAAACUGUCUCCUGAGCCCUUAAAAGCACUGUUACUGGGCCUGGCCAGCAAUCAUAACUUGAAAGGGGUUUCUCUUGAUCUCAACAACUGUGAGCUUGGCCAUUGUCUGAGAUCAGGAGGUGCACAAGUGUUGGAAGGCUGCAUCGCUGAAAUCCACAACAUCACCAGCUUAGACAUCUCUGACAAUGGUUUAGAAUCUGACCUAUCUACCUUAAUAGUGUGGCUCAGUAAAAACAGAUCAGUACAACACCUGGCACUAGGCAAAAAUUUUAAUAAUAUGAAAUCCAAAAAUCUGACACCUGUGUUGGACAACUUAGUACAGAUGAUUCAAGAUGAAGAAUCACCUCUGCAGUCCUUGUCCCUGGCUGACUCGAAACUCAAGACUGAGGUCACCAUCAUCAUUAAUGCCCUGGGAAGCAACACCUCCCUGACCAAAGUGGACAUCAGCGGGAAUUCCAUGGGGGACAUGGGAGCCAAGAUGCUGGCCAAAGCUCUGCAGAUCAACACCAAGCUCAGGACUGUCAUAUGGGACAAGAACAACAUUACUGCACAAGGCUUUCAAGAUAUAGCUGUUGCUAUGGAAAAGAACUACACACUGAGAUUUAUGCCAAUUCCUAUGUAUGAUGCAUCUCAAGCCCUCAAGACAAACCCUGAAAAAACAGAAGAGGCUCUGCAGAAGAUAGAAAACUAUCUGCUCCGGAAUCAUGAGACUAGAAAGUACCUUCAAGAGCAGGCCUACCGCCUCCAGCAAGGCAUCGUCACCAGCACCACGCAGCAGAUGAUUGACAGAAUAUGUGUGAAAGUACAAGAUCAUCUCAACUCUUUGCGAAACUGUGGGGUAGAUGCUGUCCAGGAAGAUUUAAAAUCAGCAGAAAGGCUCAUGCGUGAUGCUAAGAACUCUAAAACGUUGUUACCAAAUUUAUACCAUGUUGGUGGUGCAUCUUGGGCAGGAGCCAGUGGCUUGUUAUCCAGUCCAAUUCAGGAGACCUUGGAAUCAAUGGCUGGAGAAGUUACAAGAGUUGUAGAUGAACAACUAAAGGCACUGCUGGAGUCCAUGGUCGAUGCUGCUGAGAACCUUUGUCCCAAUGUGAUGAAAAAAGCCCACAUCCGACAAGACUUGAUUCAUGCCAGCACUGAAAAGAUUUCCAUUCCACGUACCUUCAUUAAAAAUGUCCUGCUGGAGCAGUCUGGAAUUGAUAUUCUUAACAAAAUUAGUGAAGUGAAGUUGUCAGUGGCCUCCUUCCUGUCUGAUCGACUUGUGGAUGAAAUUCUGGAUGCACUUUCACACUGCCAUCAUAAACUGACUAACCACUUCAGCAGACGUGGCAAGACCCUUCCUCAACAAGAGUCCUUAGAGAUUGAGCUGGCUGAGGAGAAGCCCAUUAAACGCUCCAUCAUCACGGUGGAGGAGCUCACAGAGGUAGAGCAUUUCGAAGAUCUGGAUACUUGUAUGACUCUCUGCUGUACAAGUAUGACUCCUAAAUCCAAAAGGAAGAGUAUCCAUAGCCGGAUGCUGCGGCCAGUUUCCAGGGCCUUUGAAAUGGAGUUUGAUCUGGAUAAAGCCCUGGAAGAGGUGCCAAUUCACACUGAAGACCCACCUUUCCCCUCUGUCAGACAAGAGAAGCGGAACUCGGGCUUUAUCUCUGAGUUGCCCUCCGAAGAGGGAAAGAAGCUGGAACACUUCACCAAGUUAAGGCCAAAGCGGAACAAGAAGCAGCAACCCACUCAAGCGGCGGUCUGUGCUGCCAACAUAGUCUCCCAAGAUGGUGAACAGAAUGGUCUUAUGGGGAGAGUAGAUGAAGGUGUAGAUGAAUUUUUCACCAAGAAGGUGACCAAAAUGGAUUCUAAGAGAUCGUCAACAAGAGGCUCAGAUUUUCAUGAGCUUAGUGAAGGAAGUGAUGAAAAGAAAAAGCGAGAUUCUCGGAAAAGUGGCUUUCUCAAUUUAAUCAAAUCCCGGUCCAAAUCUGAGCGACCACUAACGGUCUUGAUGACAGAAGAACCCUCCUCACCAAAAGGUGUGGUUAGAAGUCCAGUCAUAGAUACACCCAGGAAGGACAUGAAGGCAACCGAGCACAAUGGCAAUUCUGAACGGAUAGAGGAUCUAAAAUCACCUGACUCCCUUGAAGAAAGUCAAGGGGAAGACAUGGGGAAGGUGGAGCACAAUGACAGCAAGGGCAGCCCACAGGGAGGGCGGAGGUACAGGGUCCAGGUGAUGGGCAGUGGUCUGCUGGCUGAGAUGAAGGCCAAGCAGGAGCGGAGAGCGGCUUAUGCACACAAGAAACUUGGGAAUGACACCAUCUCCCAGGAGUCUUCCAGCCUGGCCAUGAGCAGCACAGAACGGUUGGAUGGAGGUGGAGCAGUGCCUAAACUGCACCCAGGUCUUCCGGAAACCCGCUUCAAUUUGGGGACCCCUGAAAAGAAUGCCAAAGCAGACCCCAAAGUGGACAUGGGCUCCCGGUCUCGGAGCUCCUCCAGCACAUCCACCAGCCCAAAGCCCCUCCUGCAGUCCCCCAAGCCCAGCCUAGCGGCACGGCCCACCAUCCCGCAAAAACCAAGAACCGCCUUACGACCUGAGGAUGUCCCAGACUCUCCACCUGCCCUGAGUUCCCCUAAAGUUGCCCUUCUUCCGCCCGUCCUGAAAAAAGUUCCUUCAGACAAGGAAACAGAAGGCCAGGGUAGCCCCCAGCCCAGCCCCAGGACAUUUUCCCAGGAAGUAGUGCAAAGAGGAGAUUAUUACAAAAGACAUUCAGAUCAUGACAGUGACAAGCCUUCCAGUAAAGCGAAAAGAUCUUCAAAACUGUACUCCACCAUUGCAGAAGAGGAGGUGAAUGCAAUUGGGCACAGGAAGUCACAGUCAACAAAUGUUUCAAGGAAAAGCUGGGGCCAGCUGGCCCAGGAGUAUCAAGAACAAAAGCAGUGGUCCUCCAGUAAAGACAGCCAUCAAGGCAACAAAUCCAGUGACUCUGGGGAAGAAGCAGAAAAAGAGUUUAUUUUUGUGUGAAGGUCACUCAUGUACAAGGCCCACUGUGCAGCGUGCUUUGUUAGCCAUCAGAGAGAAACCCAGGGCAACACCUCCUACUUCCUAUGUGCUCUUUUCUUGUUGCUUUUUUUUUUUUCUUUUUCCUUCUUUCUUUACUUUUUUUUUUUUUUUUUUUUUAAACAGAAACAGACCUAUUUCUUGGUAAUCAAAGCACCUUUGGUCUUCUCUCAACCCUUAGCAUUUGAUUUCUAAUCAUUCCUUCAUUUGCCUUCAACAAAUGCCAGCAAAUAUCCCAUGAACCCUACUUGAAUUCCUCUGAGGCAGCUACCAUUUGCCCUGCAAGAUGAGUAUUUGGAGGUAAACAAAGUAACUGGACACACGCUCACACAGUGGGGUACUGCAGCAUGUACCUGUGUCAAAUCUGCACUUGACUCAGUAGAGCAAUUUAUUCUUGAUGUAUGCAAUUGCACAUUGUAAUUAUAUUAACAGAGCACACUAAUAAAUCAUUUGUAUAAAUUAUAUAUAUUAGAUCUUGGGUAGGGAGUCUACAUUCUCCCAUGGGGAACUUCUUCCUUCCUUAUGUGGAAUUGUACAUUUAAAUUUGGUCGUUGACCUUUGCAAUAUCAUCAACAAGCACAGUAAGAACAGAGUGAGAGAGGCCCAUGGCUGCUUCUACCAUGUGCCCAGAUUAAAGUAUAUAGUUGAUUGGAAUGAGCGUUUAUGAAUAUUUGUGGGUUUUGGAGGCUUUUAACUUCUCUCUGCUUAUUAGCUUUUAAUGUGUGAUUUUUAAGGGAGAAAACUGACACCUAUUAAAAAAAUCAAAAUGCUACUCUUUUUAAGACAUUUCACAAAUAUUCACUUACAUUAUAGGCUGAUGGUAUUUUAUUCAUAUGUAUAUUUAUACCAAUAAAAUGAUUUUACAAGUGGAAUUUUGACCUCCAGCUACUUUUAAAGUUAGGCUUAGCUUGUGGUAGUGAAUUUUUUUUCUUUUGCAAAAUCCAGAAUAAUCACAGUUCCCAGAU